CUUGUUCGUUAAUGGAUUCUAUUUUUCUGAAACUUUGACUCAAAUUGGAGAACAGUCCGGUCCCGACUUUUGUAAUUGGAUUUGGAUGGUCGAUGAAGAAACAUUUUUAAAUCGACGGGGCGGGUUUAACAUUGACAAGUACUUACUUCCUCAUUGGCAGAAAGAGAGUCCCUUUUGAGACUACUAAUGAGAAACAUUGGGGUCUUUGUUUGGUGAAAUGUCAUGAGUCGAUUGGAAGGUGGCAAGCCACGGGUUGAACAUCCGGAAGGUCAAGAGAUUGGUCUUGGGUUGGCACAUUCGGAAGCCUAGUAGGUGGUUAAAAAGAAGAAUGAAAUGAAUGUGACCAGUUUGUUUGUGCAGACUUCAGUUCAUACAAGUAGGAGGAAAAGGAAAGACGGCGUUAUCAUGGCCCAGUCCAACUGGAAGCCCAUAUUCGAUAGGAAGACCCGUCAAGAGGAUGAUCCAUAUAGAAAAAAGAUUAGGCCGGGAAGCAACUUGGAGUUCGAGGAGUUUGGGUUCUUACAAGCUUCAGACUUUGAGGGAAGAAGAUUUUUCUCUUGAAGCUUCUCUUCAUCUUCUGUGUCUCGAAGAAUGAAUGUGCAACAACAGCAGCAGCAGCAGCAUAAUCAAUCGAAUGCGAAAGUUCUCUCUUUUGAUGACAUCUCAAAAUAUUUCUCUCUGCCACUUUCUGACGCCGCUUCCAAUCUCGGUGUAUGUGUAAGUGUUCUGAAGAAAAUCUGUCGUGAUAAUGGACUUGAUAGGUGGCCUUAUCGGAAGUUUUUAGCUGGAAAGAGCAUUGAAGAAAUCAAAAGGCAUGCUGCUAGAGAAAAGGCAAAAGAGCGUAUUGCACUGGCAAAGGCCCUUAGACAGAGUGGCUCAGAGUACCAAAACAAUGAUGUUUCCAAGUUACAGGGUAUAUCCUCUCCACCUCGUAAGCUUCCACAACCAGGAAGCAAGGAAAUUCAAAUUGGAAGGCCCCAAGUCUUAACUAAGGGGAUGUCAACAUUGGAUGAAUUCAAGCAUGGAUUCCCAUCAGAUGGGUUAUCAAGUGUUACAUACAAAUGGUGGGGCAGCAGCAGUCCUCAGCGUGACGAGGGGAUUGACAGCAGUGAAGCAAAAUCUGAUGAGCUAGAAAAACCUCAAUCUGAAGGCAAGGCAGAUACUGGUGCCUCAUCAGUGAAAAUGGAUGAAGAAAAGCCUGGAAAAGGGGGUGUCAAGGUCCAUAGUGGUUUGGAAGGGACUGGUUUAUUGACAGCUGUUAGAAAAAAAGCUGCAGAAGAAGGAAGAGAAACACUUAAGCUUCAUGUUCGUAGGAAAUAUGGCGUAAACAAGCUUGGCAGGAAAGAUAGACGACUGUUGAUUCGAAUAUUUGACUCUUCGUUGCCAAAAGGGUGGAUUAAUGGCCUUUGAAAAUUUUUGGGCACUCUGAUAAUGUACAGGAACCUAUCUUAUGAAGAUGGAGAUUGUGUAGGAUCGUUCUAAGUGGUCAGUCAAUUCAAUUACCAAUUUUCAGUUCCUUGAGGAUAUGACCUCUCUUUGGGUUCUCUAUUUUUGGAACACUAUGGCUGUUGUUGCUGAUUAUCUAUCGAAUUUCUUGUACCAGGAAGAGAUUCAAUAUGCAAUUGUAAUGUGCCUAGUUAGUAGUUGAGGUGUUAAGAUUCUGGUUUGGAGUUUUAUGGCUGAUGUCUUUUUGCA